UAUCCUGUGAAGGCCUCAAUAUGUCCAAGCCUCGAAAAUCCCAUAAGGCCAUGGGGGAUGAGGAGUGGAUGUCCCGUCUGUGGCAGUUUGCCAGCACAGGUGUGUGGCCCUCUGAAGCUGGCAACAGACCUGCUCCUCGCCAGAAGAAGUGGUAUGACAUGUUUCAGAAGAUAAGUAAAUGUCCAAUGCAGGCCCAUGAACAGACGUCACUUUUUGGGGGUGUACCACACUGUCUUUGUGAAUUCCAUCUUCUUAAGGUAUGUAAUUCAGGCUUUUGUUGUGUUUUUCAAUUACACCCUGCCGUACUUUAAGUUUUGACAACCCCCCCCCCUUUUUUUUGGGGAACCAGUGAUCAAACAGCCUUCACAUCUGAUGCUGGCCCUACCCCGACCUCUGCCAAGACAGCCAGACAAUGUUCACUCAACAUAUCAGUGCCCUCGUCUGCCUCUUGCUGCAUGUCGUCUGAGAGUGCUGGUCCUUCAUUCCCUGUGACGGCCAGCACAUUGAGAACCAACCCUUCUCCUUAAGACUGUUUUAGAGCCAGCUCUUCUCCAUCAGAGACUCCAAGAGCCAACCUUUCUCCUGCAUCCUGUGUGUCAGCCAGUCCAUCUUCAGAGUCUAUGAGAGCCAGCCAUUUUCCAUCUGUCUUUGGAGAAUCAAGUACCUCUGCUGCCUUCACUGUUGCUUCAGCUUCUGCUACCCCAGCUGCUGGUGAUGAGUCUGGAUCUCUUUCUUCUUUGCCACUUGAAAUGAGGAAGACCAUUCCUUUGCAAGAUCAGAGGUGGAUUGCUUCUACGCUCUUUCAUGGUGGCAGACUUCGGCCAGACUUACAGCUCUGGUAUGAGCCUCCAGUCCCCUCCCUCAUCUACCACCAGGCUCCCACGCUGGACCGUUUCUUCACACAUGGGCUUUUUGUGUGGAUGCCCUAUCACCAGUGGAAGGUCAGACUGUUUUGUCCUGUCUGUGGGAAGCAGUUGACUGGCUAUGGCCUUUAUAAAAGGGCUUACAGGGUGCUGGACAUCAACAGGUAUUACCUGAUGGUGACAGAGACACUCAGGUGUACUGUGUGUUGUGUGAAUUACAUUUCCACAAGUCAGAAUGUCCUCAACCAGCUCAACUUGCCCCACCGGAGACUGUUCCGCCCAAUCUUGACACACACAUAUGCAUGUGACAUUCGUGUCAUACGCCUGAUGAGAGAGAGGACACUUGGAAAUAGCCCCACCACACUGGCCAAACAACUAAAGGAAAACCAUGGAGAGGAGUGGCUUAACUGCUUGGCACACUACAUGGAGGAGUGUGCGGCCUUCACAGAUCGCCCCAGCUUCUUCCCUGUUACUUUUCAGGAGCCACCAGAACCCAUUGAGGUGCCUACCAGCAAGUUGCUGCUGAGUGUUUAUGGGAAGGACAUCAUGAGCCGUCUGGAUCAUAUUAAGAUCACAAAGAAGCUGUCUGGCCAUGCCAAGGGCACUGCACAGUGGUUGUCCUCUGUUGGCAACGAGAGAGGAGAGAUCCUCAUCAGUGUCCUGACUGCCCAUGAAGGCCCUGGUCUGGACUCUAUGGUGUCAGGCCUGAUUAGCAGGUACCAGCAGGCAGGGGUGGCUCCUCCAGUGUUGCUGUAUGUGGAUCAUGACUGCUGUACAGAGAAGGGGCAGAGCAAGCUGCAGACCAGUUUCGAAGGAUGGCCUGACCUGAACAUCAGACUGGACAUCUGGCACUUUAUGCGGCGACUGGCGUCUGGGUGUACUACUCACACUCAUCCGCUCUACCCAAUCUUCAUGGCACGUCUGUCAGCAUGCAUCUUUGAGUGGGACCCACAGGAUGUUGCUCUAUUGCGGCGGGCAAAGAGAGAGCAGCUGGAGGAGGAAAGGCUGCCUAUCAUCACCGAUAACCUAGUGAGCAGGCGGAUUACAAAAAAUGAGCUGGCUCUGUACUGCCGUCGAAGGACUCGUGGAGUGGAGACCACAGUCCGGCUGAUCGAAUGCCUACUGCACGAGCUGAAGGAGGAAAAGGGAAGAGACCUUAAGGGUGUUCCUCUGCUAGACACAGAUGUGCCAGGGGUGUCUCUCUACACCGAGACAGGCACCACCACCAAGGGAGGGAUCAUGCUCACCAGGUACAGGUGUGUUAGGGGCUCCACAUCGCUGGAGUCUUUCCACUGCCACCUGCAAAGGUUCAUUCCAGGAAACAACGCAAACACACUGAAUUUUCAGCUGUAUCUCCUGGAAGGCCUGUGCAGGUGGAACCAGGAUCGGGAAGCAGCUUUCUUAACCUGCAAAUCAUCCUCUUUCUUCAACUACACAGGGGAGAUGGUUCACUAUGUAAACACAAACAGUCUGAAGGUGUUUGGGAGGAAAUAUUUUCCCAGCUUCCAGCCCCCUGCAAAGUACACUGGGGAGCUUAUCGGAGUGGACUACUUGCUUGCGCAGACUGGACAGCCAGUCCAGAGGGUGGACCCAGAUGAUGAUGAAACAGACCGGCUUCUGGAGGAAGUUGAUGUGGAUGACCAAGAUGAUGAAAGAUUUGAAGAGGAUCUAAGCAACGGUCCUAUCUUCAGCUCACUGGAAGACCACAUAACAGCUGUGGCCCAAAUUCACACGGCUGCUUCUUUCACUCUUCCCAUUUUUUCUCCCGCCCCACCAGCUGCAGCACCCUCUUCUCCACUAGCUGAAGUGCCCACCUCUGCCCUGCCAGCUGCCGCGCCCUCCUCUGCAGCACCCUCGUCUGCCCUGCCAGCUGCUGCGUCCUCUUCCACCCUGACAAGCACUGAUAUGUCUGCAGUUCUGCCUCAUAUCAGUGCUCCAGUUACUCCAACUCAAUUUACUGAGGAGAAUUUGGCUAUGGAUGAUCAAAAUGUGCCAGGGUUGGACCUGGUGGACAACCUGGCAGAAUACCUGGUGGAACUGAGGAAACAAACAGGUCUAACCCUCAGCACUCAACAGGUCAAUGAUAUUGUGGCCCUCUGGGAGAACCUGUUAGAUUUUGACAAGCAGCGGGUGGUAUUUGCUGCCAGACACCAGGAAAGGCUAACCACAGGAAGGCUUCGCUCUCCCAAGAAGAGAGCCAAGUGGCCAGAUAGUUGUCGGAUUGUGGACGCCAUUUUCAUCAGGCUGUGUAAGAUUUACAAAAGUCCAAGGAGGAAGGGCAAGGGAUCAGUGACAAGAUGGUCCAUGAUUCUGCAUGAUUAUCGCAUGAUCCGGCAGCUGAUCCUGAACAAUGGGGACAUCAUGCAGAGAACUAACUUGCAGCUGGUGGAGGUAAAUCAGACCACCUUGGUUCAGGGGCACAAUGAACGAGUGAGAAGGCAAGACCUGAGUCUCUUGCUUCAAGGCUGCUCGAUGCCUGAUCCUCUUCCUGUAGCUGCUGAGCCACUGCAACCUACCAGUUCUCAGCCAGCUGCACCAUCAUUCCAUGAACAAGGGGAAUUGCACACCUACAGCUUGCCACAGAACACCAUAGGGCAAGCAAGACUCAAGAGACGCCUAACAUCUGCGUCCCCCUCAAACCUACCUGACAUGGCCAGACCAAAGCAGAGAUUGCUGCUUCCUCACCCAGGCAUCAUGGGGCAGGCCAGUGCUGAUCCCAGCACUUCUAUCAUGCAUGGUCCCCAUACCUAA